AUGGCUAACGAUUGCAAAUGUCCUAACGGUUGCUCCUGUCCAAACUGCGCCAACGGUGGCUGCCAGUGCGGUGACAAGUGCGAGUGCAAGAAGCAGAGCUGUCACGGCUGCGGUGAACAAUGCAAGUGCGGUUCCCACGGUUCCAGCUGUCACGGUUCUUGUGGAUGCGGUGACAAGUGUGAGUGCAAGUAA